CCCGGAGCCCCUUUCCCCCCUAGCAAAGUUUCGUGUCAUCCUCCACUUUCUCAUUAUAGAAUCUCACAGCUGCCAAGUUUGGAAGACGCAGGUCUUUUGGUACCUUUGUUUAGCCUCUUGCACCUUAUCAAUGAAUGCUUUCCCUCUGUUCAUGAGUGAAUAGAUAUGUCUCGGCACCAAAAGCUCCGUCCCAAGUCACAUAUUCCGGGUUAUUCAAACGGAGUAUAUGAUUUAGCAGGAGGUGCACCAUUCUUAGAUCUUGAAUACACUCAAGGCGCUUCGGAAGAGAAGCGGGAACAACGCGUCUUCCGGGUCAAGCGCAAACAUGUCUUGAAGGCCUGUGACCGAUGUAGGGUUAAGAAGACCAAGUGCGAUGGGAAACAGCCAUGUAACCGAUGCUCGACGCAUAAUCACCCAUGUCUCUUCCGGGAGAGGAAGGCCACCCAGGCUAAAGUUUAUUCUCGAGGGUAAGAAUGCUCUUUUUGAUAUUCCCAUCUCCGUUGUUUGUAUAUGGAUGCUACCUUCUCUGGAAUCACCGAUUCUCUGACUGUACGCCACGUGAUCACCAGGUUUGUGGAAAUGCUGGAGUCUCAUCAUUCACUAGUGGUGAAAGCAUUGCAGAAGCUGUACAAGUACUGUGUGAAUAGAGAAGGAUUCCCGGGAGAGCCUCUAGUGGAAGCUGCAGACGGCAAUCCUUUGACUCAUGCCAUCCUUGACCGUCUAGGGUUGAUCAAACAGGCAGAGGAGACCCUGGACGAGCCUGAAGACCCGGAGAAUCCACAGUGCACAGGGCUUCAGUCCACUUCAGGAGAUAGCAGUGCGACGACAGACUCGUCUUCAGAACCGAGAUCACCUCCAGACCCUCCCCAAAGCAGUUGCAACACCGCCAGCUCAUCACCGGGUCUUCUUCAUGAUAACAAUUAUAACGAUAACGACGAUAUAUUGAAAUGGGAUUUCCGAUUAAUGCAACCGGAGCAGUACGUCGAGUACCCCGGUUUCGGGUACAACGGGACAAUGCCCUCGCGACCAUCGUUUAUGGGAACGACCAGUUUAGCUGCCGACGCAAUGUACCCGGAGCUCAGCCCUUCGGUACCAAACUGCGAGCAGCCAUAUCCGUUCUACUUAGAAAGCAGUUGCACGAGAGUUGAUCUUCGGCCCGGAUUGAUGUCGAGGCCGGGUUCACAUGCAAUAGCAGCUGGGCUGCCUGUUGAAAUUUAUGCCCUUGGGGAGUUUCAGCUCCCAUUUCAGGAGCAGCAAUUCUAUUCGGCUCCUCCUAAUACUGAACCUUUCUUGGAUUCUCAUUGGAAUACCAACAACUUCCACCAAGACCCAAAUGUCCAGCAGUGAAAGCUCGUUUGCGUUCCAAUCCAGGUUGCAUGACUCGCAACAACAUCGCCUCCACUAAGUUCGAGGCAUCUAUGGGCAGAGCUGAGGCACUGUGAUGAGGCGUUCACUCUGCGUGUCUUAUGACGCAACCUGUCGUCCGCUCGGGAGCAGUUUCCAGGUGCCGUUCAUUGAAAUCUAUUUUGUUGGCAGUAUCAGGAAUCUGCCUCGAGGGAUAUCAAAUGUGUUUCCAGAGUAGAGUUCUGGCUAUGAGAUACGAAUGAAUGAAUCACGCUUCGAUUCAAGCCUUCUUCCUUAACGGACCGACAUGUAGCCGCCUCCUGCCCUGACCCCGAGCCCUAAGCCCUAAGCCAUAGCAGAUCACACAUGACUAGGAUAGUCUUAGCACCACUGUAGAUUUAGAGUGUAAAACAAUUAC